AUGGAAACAAUUGUAGACGACAUUAUUCUGGAAGUUAACAAAUCGAUGGAUGGUAACAAAGUCGAAAGCAACAUUUUGGGCGAAAAUAUAGCGCCACUUUUAUCUUCACCGUUCGAAUCACUUCCUUCAGCGCAAAAUGCUUGUCGCGAUCUUCGAAGAGAUUGUUACAGUUAUAUUCACUUAUGCAAUUCAACUGAUUAUGGUGAAUAUAUUCGUAAUUCAUGCAAUCUUUCUUGCGGAAUGUGUUAA